AUGGUCAGUGAUGAGUGUCUACUACAGCUUAUCAAUAUCUGUGGUAAUCUCCAAGAGUUGGACCUUUCGUCGUGUCGAUCAGUGACCAGUGGAGGUUUUAUUCCUUUGGGUCGGCUGAUUAAGCUGCGGUGGCUCAGUCUCUACAGGACUCGGGUGGCAGACGCUGCCCUUCAUAACCUUGCUAAUCUAUGUCAGCACCUCCGACAUCUAAACCUUGGCUCCUGUGUCUCAAUUGAGGACGCUGAUACGAUCGUUGAGCACAUCACUGCCAGUAAUCCUCUCCUGGAGUCCCUUGUCCUGUGGCGAUGUCGCAACCUAACCAGCUUUGGAGUUCUAAGGAUAGCUGAACACUGUCCUCACCUCCUCAGACUCGAUUUGGGCUGGUGUACAGGCGUUGAGUCAGAACCGUCCACCUGUCUGCGUGAACUUGUAACUCGUUGCUGCAAAAUACGUGUUCUGUCUCUUGCGGCCAUUCGAUCCGUAACACCUGCUGAUGUCGAUGCCAUUGCCGACUCAUUGCAUGACUCGUUGGUUGAUCUGGACUUAAUAGGCAAUGCUCUUAUCACUCAGUCCUGCAUCAAUCGGCUUCUUCUUCAUUGCCGAAAACUUGCAUUUCUGGAUAUUUCUCACUGCCCGUCAAUUUCAAUAUUUGAGGCUCUUUCGCUUAAGGCAAUCUAUAAUCAUUGUGAUAUCGCCUUUUAUCAUCAUAUUCCUCUACCUUCGCCUUCACUUGCCAUGCCGGUGGACCCACGUCUCCCUCGGUUACCUCCGCCACAGCAGUUCCCUCCUUUGAAAUUGCUAGGACCACAAGAAGAUCUAGAUGGCUAA